AUGCUGAGUCGUGCUGUCCUGCCUCUCACGAGGCCUAAUGUACUUGCCUCUACAGUCCGCGUGGGUUCCCUGUCUGCCCAGCGACCCCGUUGGUACGCCAAAGGCAAGGACAAUGCCCCGUACAAGCUCCCGGAGCACUUGCAGAAGAACAGGGCUGCCGAAGAUCCCAAGCAGAGCCAGCAUGCAUCGGAACAGCCCGAGUUUGAUACCACGGCCAAGCCUGAGACCGAAGCCUCCGAGCCUACUCCCGGGCCGGAACAUAUCCCCAACAAACCCCUCCCAGACCUGACUCAAGGUAUUCCAUCGACAUUGUUCGCCGAGCUUGAAGGCCGGAAGCAAGUCGGAGGAAAGCUGAACCUCACCGAGGACCCUACACAAACCGAUGACUAUAGCGAGGCCGGCCACGGUGGUGACAUCCCCAAGGGAGGAUACGAGACAUCCUUGGAUCGCCGUAAGGCUCGCAUGGCAAACAUCAUGUAUGCCGUGAUGCUGGCCGCCGGUGUCGCCGGUGUCGGUUACCUCGGUCGCAACUGGGAGACAGAGGAGGAGGAGCGCAUGCACCCGGAGCAGCCUUCAGGCUGGGGUCUGGGUCUCUGGUAUGCCCGUAUAAAGGCUCGCAUGGGCGAUCUCACCAGCUACUAUAAAGAUCCGGCUUUCCCCAAGCUGCUUCCUGACGAGGACCCCAACAUCCGCCAGCCCUACACUCUUGUUCUCAGCCUCGAAGACCUGCUCGUCCACAGCGAGUGGACCCGUGAGCACGGAUGGCGUGUGGCCAAGCGCCCCGGUGUCGACUACUUCCUUCGCUACCUCAACCAGUACUACGAGCUUGUCCUUUUCACCAGUGUGCCUAGCAUGAUGGCCGACCAGGUUCUGCGUAAACUUGACCCCUAUCGCAUCAUCCGCUGGCCCUUGUUCCGCGAGGCUACUCGCUACAAGGAUGGAGAGUACAUUAAGGAUCUUGCCUACCUGAACCGUGACCUGUCCAAGGUUAUCCUCAUCGAUACCAAAGAGGAGCACGCCCGCCUGCAGCCCGAGAACGCUGUCAUUCUGGAUAAGUGGACCGGUGACCCUAAGGACAAGACCCUUGUUGCCCUCAUCCCCUUCCUGGAGUAUAUGGCUGGUAUGGGCGUUGAGGACGUUCGUCCCGUCCUGAAGUCCUUCGAGGGCACCGCCAUUCCCGAGGAGUUCGCUAAGCGAGAGAAGGCCAUGCGCGAGCGCUUCGAGAAGGAGCUUGCCGAGGAGAAGAAGAAGAAGCCCUCUGUCUCCAUGGGCAGCUUGGCCAGUGCCCUCGGCCUGAAGUCAGGCAGCACCUUGAGCGGCGAGCCUUCAGCCUCUGAGGGUUUAGCUCAGGGCAAGAUGCUCUGGGACCAGAUCCGCGAGCGUGGCCAGAAGAACUACGAGCUGAUCGAGCGGGAGAUCCGCGAGAAUGGUGAGAAGUGGCUUGCUGAGAUGGCUGCUGAAGAGGAGAAGGCCCGCCAAGAGCAGAUGGCAAGCAUGAAGGGCUCAUUUACCAGCGUGUUUGGUGCUGGUGGUAAGCAGCAAUAA